CGCUUGCUUGGGCAGUGGGAGGGAGGCCUAGCGUCACAGGUCCUGAAAGGGAAAAAGUAGCGAGGUCCUGGCAGGGGAGAGCUGUGGCUGCGGCUUCUCGGAUAAAGGCGGCUCCAGCGGGAUGGAGCCUCGAGUCGCAGACUCCGAGGCCGGCCAGGUUGAGUGCGCCAUGAACGAGAAUCCCGCAAGCGGUAGCGCCGCUGGGGGACCUGUAGUCGCGGCACCCUUGGCUGCAGCCCGGUGGAAGCUCCUGCGGCAGGUUCUGAAGCAAAAACAUCUAGAUGAUUGUCUGCGACAUAUAUCUGUGAGAAGAUUUGAAUCAUUUAAUCUGUUUUCAGUAACAGAAACCAAUAAAAAGGAAGCCGAAGAGGAAAUUGGCACCUGGGUCCAAUAUACAAGCAUCUUCUUUCCUGAAUGCAGUGUUUCUUUAAGGCAUAAUAGUGGAUCUUUGAAUGUUGAAGAUGUUCUUACCAGCUUUGACAAUACAGGAAAUGUUUGCAUCUGGCCGGCUGAAGAGGUUUUGGCUUACUACUGCCUCAAGCACAGUAAUGUAUUCAGGGACCUUGCUGUGUGUGAGCUAGGGGGUGGCAUGACAUGCUUGGCUGGGCUCAUGGUUGCUAUUUCUGCAGAUGUCAAAGAAGUUCUGUUAACUGAUGGGAAUGAAAAGGCCAUCAGAAAUGUGAGAGACAUCAUCGCAAGGAAUCAGAAGGCUGGUGUGUUUAAGACUGGGAACAUAUCAUGCUGCGUUUUACGAUGGGAUAAUGAGACAGAUGUCUCUCAACUGGAAGGACAUUUUGACAUUGUUAUGUGUGCUGACUGCCUAUUUCUGGACCAGUACAGAGCCAGCCUUGUUGAUGCAAUAAAGAGAUUACUCCAGCCCAGGGGGAAAGCAAUGGUAUUCGCCCCACGCCGAGGGAAUACUUUAAACCAGUUUUGCAAUCUAGCUGAAAAAGCUGGUUUCUCUAUCCAAAGACAUGAAAAUUAUGAUGAACACAUUUCAAACUUCCACUCCAAGUUGAAAAAGGAAAACCAGGAUCUAUAUGAAGAAAACCUUCAUUACCCACUUCUGCUUAUUUUAACCAAAGAUGGCUAGAAGAUUUCGCUGCUCAAAGGGUGAAGAAAACAUCCAGUGCACAGGAAAUACUUUGAGAAAACCAGAAAUCUGCAAUGGCUAUAAUAGGCAGCAAGCUGCUGGCCCCCUGAGAUUUUCAAGUCCCCGGGACUCGGGCCCCCCCCCCCCACCUCUGGGACACUCCAUGUGCGGGUUAUGGAGCCACCUGUCCUCACCUCCAGGAUUCCCCAGCCAUCCUGGACUCCUCUUUUUCUGUCUGCUUCUUGCUCUUCCUGCACCAAACCUUUGUCUUUAAAUAUGUAUACACAGCCUGUCUGCCAUUUGAAUAGGACUUGUGAGCACCCUAAAUAUUUUUCCCUCUCAUAGAGACAGAAUUGCUUCUAGAGAGUCCCAUCCCCCUUUUAGAAAGUAUCUUGGUCUUUGUUCUAUUUUAGUGGUGGUCAUUUUUCAUCUGUCAACACAGCAAACAUGAUGAUACUUUCCUGGUUAUAAAUAAAUAAAUAAAUAAAUAAAGCAAAUUUCUUUCA